UCAUUCUACGAAUCCAACAUGGUGGAAUGUCAACAUUAGAGCGUGUUGAACGGCGCAUUAUUGAGCCUUGGAGUGUUUUCGUCUUGACCUGCCGGACACUUGCAAGCAGUGUUGCUUCGGACAGUCGCCGUAUCCCGUUUCCGGUGAUGCAAAGCUAUUGUCGACUCCGCGUCACAACACAGAACGCGCCACCAAAAUAAUGAAUGGUUCGCUGGAGGGUUCAGCUCAAAAGGGUGCCAUCCCGAAGACAAAGGUCGCCACAAAUGGGGUGCCCGAGCAAAGCAGCGACAACAACAACUCGACAUGCUCUCUGUACAGCGAUGAAGAGGACAAAAGGUGUGAAGAGGUGAGACCAAGGCGGUCAUCGUCUCCACUCCCAUCAACAUCAUCAGCGCUCGCACGCCCUGUGACCUUGAACUGCACGCAAAGCUGGGUUUUGGAGGAUUUAACUAGUCAGCCAAAGGACGUGGAAAGACCGCCUCCCGAAUGUGAUACAGACUUAAACGUGCUGCCGAAGCAGUUGUUGCAAGACUUGUGUACCCUCAAUGGUGACUGUGAUAUUUGUGGACGAACUACCAACGGCAAGUACAAAUCGUGCCAUUUCAAUGGUGAUGAUAGGACUGACGGAGAAGAAUCUGACGACGAAGGUGAUGACGAUGAAGAGGGUGCGGUUGGUGGAGAAGAGCUCCUUUUAGAAGUUCUGCCCAUUCGGAGCAGUCCGGAUUCAGGAGAAGGCGAAUUGGAAACCCACAAGUCUCGGUCACCUUCUUGCUCUUGGGACCAACAGAGUUUAUCGUCAGGUGACGAGUGCUUCUACAGGUACAGAGGCGAGGAUGACGCGCCCCCACUUGCCGAGCCUUUAGACAACUUGCCACCUAAAGAUGAGCAAAGACAUCGUUCUUCGUCUCCUGAAAUGGACUAUCUAGAGAUGGACUUUGACCCCAGCUCAGAUUGGGGCGGGGACGAGGUUGGUCCAGACGAGGACCAGCAGCAGCCCGAAGAAGUCGCCCAACCUCCACAGAACAGGCAGACACCAGACGUGGCUCCUAUUCCUCCUGUGCAAGAGCCUCCUCCGACACCUCCUCUUGCACCAGUCUUAAGAGUUCCAACCAGAGCACCUUGUUUGGUGACAUGUGGAGAAGUCAUGAUCUGGUCACAAGGUCGAGCUGCAGAGUUGGUUCAGCCAUCGUCAAAUCCACUCUAUGCAGCAGCCAACACUAUUUUUUAUGCUCUGAGUGCCCUUGGUUGCGACACAAGUAGAGAAAGCGUUGUCACGUUUCUCAGUGAAGCGUUCCCAAUGCAGUCUGUUCCGCAAACUGUCGUAGGGUACCUUCACUACCGAGCGUGCCAUUCAACCCUUCACCCUUUUGCCCAGACGUAUCCCAUUUUUUCUGGCAUCGACUUGGCAAGAGCCUUCAGAACCAUAUCUCUUGGCCGAAUAAGAGCCAGAUUUUUCCCUGUCCUCUCCAGGGAGCUUCUCACAAGCAGUUUGUGUAAACUGAUCACACUCUGGAUGAGUAGAGGCGUCAUUCCCAUAGUUACAUUUUCUCAUGCGUCUACCGACCACUCGAGGCAUGAAAUGAUCUUUGGUGCAAACAGUAAUGGUAUUUUCACCAUGGCAGAACCUAACCACCUGCAAACUGAGCAGGCACUCAGGUUGCGUUUGGCAGAACAGGGUACAACAACAGUGUCCCAUUCGGACGUUCUGUCCAGAUAUAGUCGAGACCAGAAUCUCCAGUCUCUUCUUCACACCACCUGUUUGCCAUGGGUCACGAAUAAUGUUUUAGGCACUGUUGUUGGAAUCUUGAGGGCGAAGUCAUUUAGCAACCAGUCUCCUUCGCCUACUUCUCCUGGCAGCAGCCAUCAUCACCAGCACCCUCCUCUCACCUUUGCUCUGCCACUAUUGUGUGUUUCUGGCAUCACAUUAGUGUACUUGAGCACUAACACUUUCUGCAGCACCAUCGAGUCGUUGCUAAGUGUGGGUAAUUUGGAAUAGACUUGCUACAUUUACUUUGCAUAAUAAUGAUACCCUACAUGUUUCUAUCAGUGCCUGAUGAGCAUGGGAACCAUGCCAAUAAUGAUUCCAUCAUUGUACCAAAUUAAGCGCUUUCUACUUAGCAAAGUCAUAAAAUGAAAUUCAGUUCAUCUGAAUUCUGAGCAUUAUUAUUUCUUUAUGAGAACUGCUUGUUAAAAUGUUUUAAAUUUAGAUGAAUAUUUUUGAACGUGGUGAUUUUGUUUAAUAGACUAAACAGUGAAAUUCCAAGUUGUAAUAAUUUAUAAAUAAAAAUCAAAGUUAUUACUUUUGACCUCAUAGAACUCUAUGGUGUACUUUAUUGUGGACGGAUUUGGACGGAAUGAUUUAGUUUCACAAUUACAUAAGUUCAGAUCUAAGAGAUCGUUCAAGCUAAAUAUUAUAGAUUGUAAAAUAUCAAAAAUACAGUCAUUUACACAUUCUUAUUUUUAACUUUAAAGAGACAUUAA